AUGAAGAUGCAUGUGUGCGAGAAUAACAAAGAACCAGAAUUUAGCGCAAAUUAUUCCGAUGUGAAAGCAUGCCUUGAAUCGUUUCCUUAUGAUAGAGAGAUAGCCGAAAGCACGAUCGAAACGAUAAAGAAAACGUUUCAAGGAUUUUUUGUUUAUUUAUCAAAGGCUAAAGAAGAACCUCAACAAGGAUAUUCAUUUAGAGCAGUUGAUUUGAUUAAGGAACUGGAUGCACUAUUGUUAAAGAAUUAUACAUUGGAGUAUCAAUUCAUGUCAAAAGUAAAAUCAUUAAUAGAUGAAUUGAAAGAUGUUCACACGGAAUUUUAUCCAUUAUGUUACAUGACGGCUUUCGAUUAUAAUAAUAGCCACAUUGAUUGUGAGGUGACACACAUUGAUGGAAGACCUUCAAUGGAAGUUAUAAAAGAAUUUGCGGAUACAGUGAUCAAUCUUUCAAAAGAUGCAGGUGUGAGAUUCAAUGAAGCACUAGUAGCAUUAAAAAAUAAUAAUAACGGUGACAGGAUCAUCUCUGCAAGCAUAUUCACGUCAAGAAUAGGUUACAGCUUACUUCCAGAGAAAUCAUCAAUAGAGUACACUCUUGUAUGUGCAAAUGAUGUAAAAACCAAAUUUGUAAGAGAAUGGAAGAUUGGAUCGUUGUAUUAUGAUAGGUUUAAUACAUCGGAAGAUUUUCGAAAUGAAUUUUGUCAAGAGAUUCCAACAAUUCUCUCUGAUGAAAUUAGUAAAAUGUAUGAACCAAAAAUUUAUAAUCAACCAAUGAGUGAUGUUGAAUUAGUUCAUGUAACUAUAAUGGCUUCUUUUUAUAUAUUGAGUGAUAAUAAGACAGGGGUUGUGGUGAUUCCAACAGUCAUGACGCCAGAAGAUGAAAUUGUAAAUGAAAUGUUUGAAUUGCAAAUUGGAUUUGAUUUAUUAGAAGAUAGAGGUGUAACAAAAAUCAUACUGGAUUUUCAUGAGAAUGGAGGAGGAAUCAUAGAAUUAGCACUAUUCUUCGUUUACUUAUUGUUUCCAGAUUCUAGUCCUGAUUUCGACAACGAUAUGGUGGUUAGCGAAUUGUCACGAGCGGCCCUCGAAGCAGCAUCAUCACAACCAAAUGCUGAACAAGUAAGAGGUGAAUUAACCAUGCCUCCAUUAGACCUAGGUGCUAAGGAUUUAAUAAGGUGGGCCGCAAAGACAGUGCGUAGCAUAUUCUCAACUUCAUAUUUCAACAUUUACGGUUACAAGGAUCCAAAUACAGAGAAUCAUUUUCGCACGGUAGAGGAAUUUAUUGGUAAUCACACAUACAUAAGAGGAGGAACUCCUACAUCAUUUACAUCGAAAUUUAUUGACAGAGAUAUACAAGAAUUUAGUCUAUUUGUUAAAUUGUUAUCAGGAAACAUUAAUGAAUAUAAAUGGAAAAGUGAAGAUAUUAUUAUAUUAACAAACGGAUUAUGUGGGUCAUCAUGCUCAUUGAUUACUCAUCGUAUGGCCGAAAAAUUUAAUGUGAGCACAAUUGCCGUUGGUGGUUUCAAAGAUACGCCAUUAUCCUAUGCUUCAUUUCCCGGUAGUCAGGUUCUUGACUUAGAUCAGAUACGCGAUGAAUUAACUUUUAAUGGAUUAUUACAAAAUGAAACGUUAAAAGAUUUAAUCCCUCAACCAUUUUUGUUUCCUGCAAUUUUAAGAUUUACGUUCAAAGAGAUUUAUGACAUAGUAAAUAAAGAUAAUAUAUUAGAAUAUACUUAUAAACCUGCCAAACAUAGAUUAUAUUAUGAUGAGAAAAGCGCGAGAGAUCCUAGCAGAUUAUGGUUAGAAGCUGUUAAAGCCAAUCAAAAUGUUGCAACCAAUUAG